AUGACUGAAAAACAGGAAUCCCCAUUGCAUACCGUUGGUUUUGACGCAAGGUUCCCAAACCAAAACCAAACCAAGCACUGUUGGCAAUCAUACGUUGAUUACCACAGAUGUGUCAAUGCUAAAGGUGAGGACUUCGCUCCUUGCAAAAUUUUCUUUAGAACAUUCUCAUCCUUGUGUCCAUUGGAUUGGGUUCAGAAGUGGGAUGAACAGAGAGAGCAAAACAUUUUCCCAGCUGAUCUUUCUUCAUAA